CCCACCGCACACGACAACGACCGUACACCUCUUUACGACAACAAUGUCUACCGGCGAGAGAAUCAACAAUGUCCAAGCGCAGGUGCAGUCUCACCCGACGUACCUGCAGGCCAAGGACAAGACGAACUAUUACCUCGCUCAGCUCGACAAGGAGCUGUCUAAAUACCCCGUCAUGAAUGCCGUUGAGCAGCGCACUCAGGUCCCCAAGACCUACAUCGCUCUCGGCGCCGUCGCGCUUCUUGCGUUCUCACACACCUUCAACGCCCUCGCUGCUCCUACUUCCAACCUUGUUGGAUUUGCCCUCCCUGCUUACCUUUCCGUUCGCGCUAUCGAGUCCCCCGGCGCGCAGGAUGACGUCCAAUGGCUGACCUACUGGGUUGUCUUUGGAUUCUUUAACUUCCUCGAGUCCUUCUGCCUCCGGGUCGUCCUGUACUAUUUCCCAUGGUACUUCGCCUUCAAGAGCCUUUUCGUCAUCUGGCUCCAGCUGCCCGCCUUCCGCGGUGCCCAAACUCUGUAUUUCUCUGCCUUCAAGCCUGUCCUAAGCAAGCAGCAGGUGUCUACUCGUCCUGACUCUGCCUCGACUUAUCAGGCUGAUACCCUCCGUGACCGCGUGGCCACAGCUAACGUCGAGUGA